AUGGCCGAAGCACUGGGAGCCGCCGGUUCCAUCGUUGGAAUCGUCUCCUUCGGUUUGCAGUUUGCGACGAGCCUGCAAACGUACCUCGAGGCAGUCGCGGGUGCUGAGGAGAGUAUGCAAGACAUUGCCUUCGACAUCAACGCUACGGCAUCAGCGCUGAAGCAACUGCACGACCUGAUUGAGGCCGACAAGGCAGCAACCGGGAAUGAGACGCGCAUCUUGAACAGCAAAGGCGUCGAAGAGGUGUUGCGGCUGUCUGCCCAAUGCGAGAAGGUCUACACUCUCACCAUGGGCCUUAUUGCCAAGGCGGCCCGCCCCAAGUUCGAUGGGCAGUCAGGAGGUCCAGCCGUGACAGCGAAAUGGGAAGACUUCAAAGCUGCAACGCUGUGCCGAAGGCUGAGGUGGCCGUGGCUGGAGCCUCGGAUCAAGAAAUGCCAAGAUCAGCUCAGAUGGCUCAAGGUGACGCUUCUUUUCCAGCUGCAACUGGCACAGGUCGCCAGAAUGCAACUUCAGUCAUCCGCUAGAUCGCCGGGCAUGUUCGAGGAGGAACUGGCUUCGCAGCUCUUGGCCAAGAACCUGCACUCCCGGAGAGAGAAACUUACCAAACGACUAGCAAAGCAGACGAAGAAUCCACGUUCUCUAGCAACAUUUAUGGCCAACUCUUCGAUAUACUCAGAGAGUGAUAGCGAGGCGUCUGGAUCCAGUCCCGAGACUCUUCCAUCCCCAACAGCCCGUGGUCUAGACACAGAUCAGUCAAUUACAGAUGGAGAAGUCGGUAUCAAGAAUGAGGACAAUGUAUCCAGUCAAAUGAAGACUCGUGAUUUGUCGACGACUGGUAUGAACGUCGCGCCAACGUGCACAACACCCAUUGUUGGAGCCCAGACAGCCGGUCCCAACGAAACUGGCGGUGUCGAAACGCUGAAACCCAAAGACGAUACGCAGGCACCCGCCGCCACUCCUGACACUUCUCUCAAUACGAUAUUGCUGAUGGACGAGGUUGGAAACAAGCAUGUCCUUCCACUGGAAUCAUGUCGCACAUGGCAGGAAAUGCAUGGUCUCGUGAAGGGUGCCUUCAGACGCCACAGCCCUGCUUUCAGUGCUCUGAUUGAACACGGACACUAUGAUCUGGUGGAUUCUGGCGGCAACAUGAUACUAUCUCCAACGUGGGACCAACUUGUUCAACCAGGUUGGGUUGUGAAAGUGGUCCCAUGGCGAAUCUAUCAUGAUCGUGUAGAGCAACCAGAACAUUGGCGGCCACCGAUGGGAGUGCCUAUGGGGCGGGGGCGGGGACCGCAAGGACCUCCACCGAGACCUAGAAUGGGCCCGCCGCUACCACCAGGUGCUGCGCUCGUCUCGCAUAUAAGAAGAGCACCUCGAUAUAUAGAGUUGGAGGCAAAGGCGAAGCGCUCGAGGAAACUGGGCGCUUCGACGAACAGGAGCGCUUCGAGGGAAAGAGAGCCCGAAGCGAAUUUGAAGGAGGAGGAAGACCUUGAUAUAAUCGACUUCGAGAAGGAACAAGAUGCGGCUGGAGAUAUGGGUGACUUCCUAAAGAGGUGGACCAACGCCACCGACGUUUGGACACCGGACCAACUGAAUGAAGAUAUCUUGCUACAGCAGUGGGAGUGA